UUCCCCCUUCUGGUUUUUGGGGGUCUUCCAUGGUGCCCCCUCCCCAAAAAGCUCCGAGGGCCCCCUGAAGUGGCUCCUGUUCCACCGGCCGGUGCCCCCUAAUCCAGGAUGGCCCCAGAUUUCCCAUUCCCAACCCCUGGGAGGCUGUGAGGAAGAGGAAGAUGCCCCAGGACACUGAGGCAGAGCAGGAGCUGAGCAUGGAGAGCAGGGAGGACAAAUCCCCACGGCAGAACCUGGCAGCAGAGGCCGUUUUGAGCGGCUCCAUGGCGCAGGAACCCAACGGGGAGGAAAAGCCCCGGAGAUCCCGCACGAGGAGGGGCUGCAAACGCAGAUGGCAGGGAUCUGAGGGGGAAAGAGCCAGCCUGGGCCGGGAAGGCGGCCAGAGAUGGAGCCAGAGCUCGGAGCUGGUGCUGCAUGAGCAGCUCCAUGUUGGGGAGAAGCCCCACAGGUGCAUGGAGUGUGGGAAGAGCUUCAGCCGGAGCUCCAACCUGAUCAAGCACCAGAGGAUCCACACUGGGGAAUGGCCCUACAAGUGUGGGGAGUGUGGGAAGUGCUUCAGGCAGAGCUCCAGCCUGAUCCUGCACCAGAGGAUCCACACUGGGGAAUGGCCCCAUGAGUGUGGGGAGUGUGGGAGGAGCUUCAGGUGGAGCUCUUACCUGAUCAGUCACCAGAGGACCCACACUGGGGAACGGCCCUACGAGUGUGAUCAAUGCAGGAAGAGGUUUCACACCAGCUCUGAUCUCCUCGUGCACCAGCGCACGCACACACAGGAGAGGCCCUUCCGCUGCCCCGACUGCGGGCAGGGCUUCAGGCAGAACUCCCAUCUUGUCAGGCACCGACGCAUCCACACUGGGGAGAGGCCCCACGAGUGUGGGGAAUGUGGGAAGAGCUUCAGGAGGAGCUCCACCCUGAUCAGCCACCAGCGCAUCCACACUGGGGAGAAGCCCUAUACGUGUUCCAAGUGUGGGAAGAGCUUCAGCCAGCAUUCCAACCUGCUUGUCCACCAAAAGAUCCACACUGGGGAGAGGCCCUACAAGUGUUCCAAGUGUGGGAAGAGGUUUCAGAGCAGAUCCUGUCUCCUCCGGCACUAUCAGGUUCACACAGAAGAGAGGCCCUUCCUCUGCCCUGACUGUGGGAAGGGAUUCAGGGGCAACUCCACCCUCAUCAACCACCAGCAAAUCCACACUGGGGAGAGGCCCUACGAGUGUCCCCAGUGUGGGAAGAGCUUCUCCAGCAGCUCUGCGUUGACCAAACACCGACAGAGGCACCACUAAGGGAAGCCCUGAGAGUGCCCCGAGUGCGGGAAGAGCUUCGUGUGCUGCUCCAGCUCCAUCCCCCACUGGAGGAGCCACUUUGGGCACAGCCCUGGUCACCCACAUUCCCUGUGAUCCAUGCUGGGAACAUACCUGGCUGCUUCUCCUUUUGGUCUGGCCUCAAUUUUCUUGUGCCUCAUCUUCAUCCCUUAAAAACUCCCAAAACAGGGUUAAAUGAAGGCAAUUGAUCAAAUAUAUCUGAACUCCCACCAUUUCUCAGGUGUUUGAGGAGGAAUUAAGGAUUUGGGGACACAUUCUGUGUGGAGUGUCCCUGUUACUAAAAGGCAGGAAUUUGAUCUCAUCCUUCUUGUGUUGCUAAGAACUCCUCCCCUGGCCCAAACCCAAACUCCACCCCUGGGAUUCCCUAUAAAAACCCCACAGCCCUGCCUUUGCCCUGUCUUUCGGGGGUCAGAAAUGGAUUCUGGAGCUCUCUGAAACCAAGACCUGUCUCGUUUGUUCCCAGCACCGGCAGCUGCAGCCUCCCUGGACACCAUGAACUCAGCUGCAACAAUUCUGGAGGAUUUGUGGGUUCUGGGAGGAUUUUGGGUACUGUUCUCCAUCUCUUUGCACUCCGAAAGCCAAGAGGGAUCGAUCUGUCACCUCAAAACCACUCAAAUCCCACUGAAAACAACUGAAUUUUAACCCAUAAAGGCACCAUAGCAGCUCAAAUUUCUUGUUCCCUUGUCAAAACCACUCAAUCCCAGGCCAAACUCACUCCAUUCCACAGCUGCCAGGGUGAGUUGGGGUUGGGAAGGGACUGGGAGAAGUGGGAUCCCAAUUUGGAGUGGUGGGAUGGGGAUUGUGUGGGGCUGGGUGGGUGGGAUGUAUUUGAUAGCAAAUAAAACUUUCAGAGUUGCUGAUUUCUGUCCCGUUUAUUUUCUGUCAGUUCUGUUUGCAGAGUGCCACCUUCUCAGCUAAUUCAAUUCCUAUAAAAAUCCCAUUUUUUAAGUCAUCUAACCCAAACAAUCCAAAAACCAAUAUCCAAAUGAAACAACCCACCCGCAAUUAAAUUUAUUUAAAGUAAUUUUAAUUUUUUUUAGAGUACUUAAGUGCGUUAUUAAAGUUUAAUUGUUUGGUUAAAAUGUGUGAGAAAUUAUAGUGGUGUUUGGUUUUGUGUUCAGUAUUUUUGUAAUAUCAAUUGUUUUACUAAGGUGUGUUAGACUGUAUGUUAGUUUUUUUAGAUAUUUUUUAUCUGAAGUAUAUCAGUCAUCGAGUUAAAACUUUCAAAAGGUAUUUCUUGGUAUAUAAUUUGUUUGUAUGUAUUGGUAAUGUUAUAGUAAUAGUUAUUGUUGGUUUGGCUUGAAUCGUUAUUGGAGUAUUGUAAGGAAGAGCUGAGAUUUUUAUAUUUCAUUUUUUAAACAAUUUAUUUCAUUUUAA